AUGCCUACUGUCCGCCAACGUGUCCGCCGUUCUGCAAGGCUUCAAGCAAAUGGUCGUACUCGCCCAAAGGCGAUGGAGUUGCCCCCAAAUCCAUCCACAUCCCGUGGAAGAGGGAAAUAUCGAGGACGUGGGUCCAAUCCCGCUCGUAAUCAGCCUCCUAAGGCUGCUGGACCGAAGAUAAUCGUCCAUUGGACCAGGGCCCAAGAUCUCCACUGCACAGACACUCUCGUGACCCACCUUACCACUAAUCCUUCCGAUGCACGCACUCUUUUCUACGAGGGGAAAAAGACCGCCAGUUCUAGCACUGAGGAUCUUAGGAAGUUGUUUAGGGAUCACCACGAUAAGUUCAACAAGACCGGCGCUGGCGUCACCCUGCUUGACAAACACGCAGCCGCCAAUCUUCACAAACAAGUAUUACUGGAGUUCCCUUGGUAUGACCAGCUCCACCCAUUCCUCUUCUCCAAUCCAACAAUCGGCGCGAAGAUUUUCACCUCCCAGCCAGGAGUUGACCACGCCGCAGAUUACUACUUGCUCAUUCGUCCACAUGGGGGGGCUGGUCCCUCUACAAACCCACCUGGUCCUCAGCUCCCUCAACCAGACCCUCAGCUCCCUCAGCUCCAUCCUCAAAACUCUCAGCCCCCUCCCCCAGACCCCCAGCCGCUUCCCCCAGACCCUCAGCUCCCUCUCUGGAGCCCACCUGACACUAGCACUCAGUGCGCUCCUCCAAGCAUUCGGCCCGGUCCCACGGGCGCUCAGCACGCCCUCCCAAGUACUCUGCAUCCCCCCCCUUCACAGCACCCCCCUCCUCAUUUUUCCGGCACUGGGGGCAGUCCAAUCAACGAUCCAGAUGGUGACCUCGACAACAACCCCCAUGCUGAUGACAAUGGUCCUUUUUUUGCCCCCCUUGGCAACACACUGGGUAUGUUGGAUGGGGAGGACGUUGACAUGGACAAUGACAAUGGGAUGGAGCUUGACUCCUCCCGUCGUCAUGUCAUCAGCCUUCACAGUCCCCCCAGGUUGGUGGGACAGAAGCGGCCGUAUGCGGCUUCCCCUUCUCCCUCUCCCGUGGAAAAAAACACCUUUCUUCUCCCGCGGAAGCCCCAGAUGCCGACAUACCACAGUCGUGAGGCGUUUGGCUCUGCCUCCCCUGGUGGCCAGGUGCCACAUAAACCUUCCUCGCUUGCGUCGUCGUCAGGGAUAUCGCGCAGCCAUUCCACUCCCUCGUCCACGGCAUCUUCAUCCUUCAUAUCGACCGACUAUCAUGUUUCACCAACGGCAUCCCAGACAUCGCUGUCUGCGAAGCCACGGAGCUUGGCCAGCUCAAAGAAGAAGCGAGCCUCUGCAGCGGACAUGGAGGACAACCUCAACAUGCUCAGCGAAGAUAUCCGGAGCAUGCAGACCGACAUCUCUGAGUGCCAGGAGUCGAGGAACAAGCGCUAUGCCAUCAAGAUGAACUAUCAAGCCCAGAAGAAGGAUCUUCAGUAG